AUGUUGACUUUAGAUGAUGAUCUUAAGUUAGUCAUUUUAGAAUAUCAUAAUUAUCACUCAUCUAUAUCUUUAGAACACUCUAUAGACAAAACAUGGAAUUAUUUUCAAAGCUUGAUUCCACAAUUAACCAAACCUGCCCUUCAAUUGAUCCUUGAUUCACAAGGCGUGAUUCGUAAAAAUUCCAUCAGUCGACUAAAUGAGUACACAAUUUUGGAGUACUUGAUCAAGUUAUGGACGCCGGAGUUGGAUCUAAAUGAUGUGAUUGAUUUGGUUACUAAUUUGAGUUCGAUCUCCCCAUUGAACCAGGACAAGAUUAUAAAUGGGGUGGAAAGGUAUGAGGACUUGUCUCUGGAACUUACUAUUGAAGAACAGGUGUCGGCUAUUUUUCAGAAGCCGUAUUCAAAUAAUGAUAUCUAUUACUUGGAUGAAAUAAAUUUCCCUGCCAAUGGGGAUAUGACGACAAUCACAUUACUGGGGAACCUUUCUGGUACUGAUUUCUUAGAUCCGCUCGUGGUUACGUCUAGUAUAUCUGAGACGUUCAAUUUCUAUCCAACUGGUCUUUUAAACCCAUUUCAUCUAUAUAUCUACUUGCUAAGGUUGAAUCUCCAGUUGCAAUUGCAAGGCAGAAAAAUUUUAUUAAUUCUACAUAACAACUGUUGGAUGAACCGGUUUUUUACCAAUAUUGAAUUGCUUUACAUUAGCAAACACUUAGAUGGGUACUAUCAUAAAGAUUACAUGAAGUUUCCUGGGGACUAUGGUUUGAAGAACUGGUUACGACAGUCAUUGCACAACACAAGUAUUAUUCCUAACCUUCUUUUCAAUUACAACCAAUUGAUCCAGAAACUCAAGUCGGAUCCAGUGAUGUUUAAGUUUAACCAGCUUUGUAUUGAAAAGUCCUUUUUUAGUACCGUUGAAGAUGAAUCUUUGGACAAUCCUCGAAUUGAGUUUAGUGACGGUAUUUUUAUCCUUGAUGGAGAAAGUGGGAAUGACGGGUUUAUACUAGACUAUCAUUACAGCAUCAAAGAUAUAAUUUCAAUAAUGAUUAGGUUGAACGAUUUUGAGAUAUAUGUCCCAUCCUUGAAGAGCAUGGAUUGGGAUAGGGUUAGUGAUGUUUUUUUGAACGAGAUUUUCCCUUGUAUUAGGAAUAGUGACUUGUACUUUAAGUUUUCUAUUCUCUAUAAUGAGUUGCAUAUGAAAAAUGCUCAGAGCAGCGUUGAUCAACUGAUUCAACCGCUGGGGGUGUUUUCUGUUCCUCCGAAUCACGUGCAUUUGGUUGAUUUAAUAUGUAAACUUAAUGACAGCCUUAAGAGGACGGUUGACAAAUCUCAUUUAUUAUCUACAUUGCACCCAGAGGGGAGUAUGAUGGGAACUGUGCAAUCUAGCCGUGCAAGUGUUUCAGAAAGUGAAGCUUCAGAAGAUGGUUCUGAUUCCAGAAAGCGACCCAAUGAUUCCGAAGAGGAAGUUCGUACAAUUAAGAAAUCGAAAAUAUUGCAAAUGUUGGAGAAGAAUGACUUGCAUUUUGUUGAAGCAUUUGAAGAAGAUGAAGAUGAGGAGAAUGAGGAAAGUGCAGACGAUGCAGAUGGUUUGCUUAAUGACUCGUUUGCUGACAAAAUUAAGAGGUCUAAGUAUACACCACAUACAAGUGCCAAUGCAUCGCUUGUCAAUGGCACGGGUUCUCUGUUGAACAAUACACCUCAGACGAUAGUUUCCGGUAAGGAGCCACCCACCCAAGUGGAACCAAAAGACACACCCAUUAUUCAAACUGCAGCUGACAAUUCCCAUCAAACAAGUAAACUUGGCAUGUUGAGAUCAUUGAUAGAUUUACAACCACCAACCUCAACCAAACCUGUCGUCAGUGGAUUUAGUUUUUCCUUACCAAAAAAUACCAAAUUGUCUAGAAAUUUUGAUGGAAGUGAUGACGAAAGUUCUGAAGAAAGUGCAUCAAGUGUUUCUACUGAUGAAAGACGAUCAGAAACCGUAACAACUACAUCAAGAACAGGUGAUAACGUUGACUUGCUGGAAAUACAUAGUGUAUCGGUGAAAGAACCAACAAAUAAGCUCACAAAUAAUGAUGUGCAAGAAAACGUUAAGGCAGGUACUGAAAAUGAAGUAGCACCUGUACCAGUACCUAAAACAAUUGGAGGUAAUGAAGUGAGAGAUGAGGGUGAAGGUGAAGGUGAAAAGGAGGAUAAAGAUGAAGACGGAAUGGAAAUCGUAUCUGAGGCGAAAGAUAAACCUGAGGCUAAAGAUGAAAUGGAAGUCGAAGUAGAAUCUGGAGAUGAAGGAGAAAAUGAGUCCGAAAGUGACUCUGAAACCGAGUCUGAGAGUGAAUCUGAAAGUGAUUCAGGAAGUGAAUACGUUGAUGACUCCUCUGAAACCUCUUCUUUAAAGGAAGAGAAGACAGUAUCUAAGAAAACUCGCAAAAUAGCUACAAUAGAUUCAGAUAGUUCAUUUUCAGGAAAUGAUGUCGAAGGUGCUAAUCCAGAAACUCCUGCUAUAGAUUCAGAUGGCUCGUCGAACAGUGAUACCGAACUGGUUAAUCCAGAAACUCCUGCUAAAGAUACAGUUGACUCAUCUUCGAACAGUGAUACCGAAAUGGCUAAUCCAGAAACUCCUGCUAAAGAUUCAGACAGCUCAUCUUCAAGUAGUGAUGCAGAAGUUGAAAGUAAACCAGAAACUCCCACUAUAGAUUCGGAUAGCUCAUCUUCGAGUAGUGAUGCAGAAACCGCUAAUCCAGAAACUCCCGCUAUAGAUUCGGAUAGCCCAUCUUCGAGCAGUAAUGAUGAAGUUGCUAACCCAGAAACCCCCGCUAAAGAUUCUGACAGCUCAUCUUCGAGCAGUAAUGAUGAAGUUGCUAACCCAGAAACCCCCGCUAAAGAUUCUGACAGCUCAUCUUCGAGUAGUGACACAGAAAUUUCCAGCGACCCAGAAACCCCUCCUAAAUUGAAUCAGAAACCAUCACCAGAAGUUACUCCUGUUAAUAACAAUGAUAACGUUAACUUAAACAAGUCAGAAAGCGUAGUUACAAGGCCGCUAAUGACCAAAAGCAAAGUAGCCGCACCCUUGCAAGUUUUGCAUUUUACACCAAGACGUGGCAAAGUUGUUUUGAGUAAAGAAUUUGUUCUGGAUAGUGAUGAUGAUACAGAAGUUGAGGAAUCUAGUGCAGCUCAUGGUAUUGAGAAGGAGAGUCCAUCAAAAAUUCAAAAUAAUUCAAAGUUGAAAACCAUUCCUGUUAAUGUGGCUAGUGUUUCAACUCCGUCUAUUCCUAAAACAGUGAAACAACCAGAUAGUAACAAUAGCCUGAGUGAAUCAAGUGAUGAUUCUGACUCUAGCUCUAGCGAGUCUGGGUCUGACUCAUCUGAAACCGAUUCGGACUCAAGUGAUGAGUCAAUGGAUUCAUCUGAUGAAAGUGGAGAAUCGUCAGAGUCCAGCGAUGACGCUCCAAAACCUGUUAUAAAGACAACUAAAUUGAAAUCAACUGGAAAUUCAGAGAAACCUCAAACCGUUGCAUCACAUGCUAAAAUACAAAAACCGUCAAGUGUUGUUGCUUCUGGAAAGUCUAAGAAAAUAUCAGGUCCAGCACCACCACCCAAAAAGAAUCAAAGAUUGGCAUCAUUAAAGGAUUUAAAACAACCUCGUACUACGAUUGAGAUUAAGAAACCUAUUUUAUUACUGCCUACGAAACCAAAGAAGAAAUUUUCUAAGAUUUUUGAUAGUAGUGAUGAUGAAUCAAGUGAGAGUGAUAGUGAUAGUGAAGUACCCAUGUCUCAAUUGAAGAUUGGGGGUGUUCCAAAACGCUCUACAAAGCCGUCAGUAAAGAGUGAUACCAGUGAGGAAAGCAGUUCCAGUGAUGGGAGUGAUGACAGCUCCAGCGAUGACAGCUCCAGCGAUGAAAGUUCCAGUGAGGACAGCUCCAGUGAGGACAGCUCUAGCAGUGACAGCUCUAGCAGUGACAGCUCUAGCAGUGACAGCUCUAGCGAUGAAAGUAGUUAG